AUCUUGAUGAGGCAGCUGUCGGCAUCGCUACUCCUGCUCGUCGCUGGCUGCGCGGCGCUCCGAGUGGCGCCGCUUUCGCCGGCCGUGCGGUCCGCCCCGCUGCGCCCCGCCGCCGCUGCCCGUGCCGCUGCGCCCGUCGCCGUCUCCUUCGCGCCCUCGCCGCUGGCGGCAGCCUCUCGCUCAAAGCUCCGCGCUGCGGGCGCGCGUGGCACGGCGGCGCGGAGGGCGUGGUCCUGCCGACGCCUCCCGGAGGUCGCUCCCAUCGACAUGAUGGCCGACAUCGCGCCGAAGAAGGUUGGCGUCGUCGGCGUGACUGGUGCCGUGGGGCAGGAGAUUGUCGCUGUGCUGGGCGAGCGCGGCUUCCCAGUGUCGGAGCUGCGGCUCUUCGCGUCGGCGCGGUCGGCGGGCCAGCCGAUGGAGACGGGCUCGGGCACGCUGCAGAUCGAGGAGUUCUCCCUCGCCGCCGCGCGCGAGUGCGACAUCGUCUUCCUCGCAGUCUCUGGCGACUUUGCGCUUGAGUGGGCGGAAAAGAUCUCGGAGGGCGAGGGCGGCGCGCUGGUGAUCGACAACUCGUCCGCCUUUCGGUACAAGGACGGCGUUCCGCUGGUUGUGCCAGAGAUCAACGCCGAGGCCGCCCGCCGCGCAAAGGCCAAGCUCAUCGCAAACCCGAACUGCACCACCGCCAUCGCGCUGAUGGCGCUCGCGCCGCUGCACGAGCAGUUCGGCACCCGGCGGGUCAUCAUGUCCACGUACCAGGCCGCCUCGGGCGCUGGCGCCCCCGGCAUGGCGGAGCUCGAGGAGGGGACAAAGGCGAUGGCCAACGGCGGCAGCGCGAGCAACGAGGUCUUCGCGCACCCCCUCCCCUUCAACGUGAUACCGCACAUCGACAAGUUUCUCGACGACAAGUACACAAAGGAGGAGCGCAAGGUGACCUGGGAGACGCGCAAGAUCAUGGACCUGCCCGACCUGCCCGUCUCUUGCACGUGCGUCCGCAUCCCGACGCUGCGCGCGCACGCUGAGGCGAUCACCAUCGAGACGGAGAAGCCGGUCGACCUUGACAAGGCGUACGCCGCCCUCAACGCCGCGCCGGGCGUCACAUACGACGUCGAGGUCGGCCGCGUCCGCAAGAACGACGUCUUUGGCGACAACGGGCUCGACCUCUUCGUCUGCGGCGACCAGCUGCUGCGCGGCGCCGCACUCAAUGCGGUGCUCAUCGCCGAGGCGGUCGCGUAG